AUAUAGCCCGUGUUCGCGGUUCGGUCCGGUCGGACAGGAGGGAAAUCAUCAUGGCUCUGAAGAUCGUGAAGGGAAGCAUCGAUCGGAUGUUCGAUAAAAACCUGCAGGAUUUAGUACGUGGCAUUAGGAACCAUAAGGAAGAUGAGGCCAAAUACAUCUCUACCUGCAUCGAUGAGAUCAAACAAGAACUCAAACAGGACAACAUCGCCGUUAAAGCCAACGCCGUCUGCAAGCUCACCUACUUGCAGAUGCUCGGCUAUGAUGUGAGCUGGGCUGCUUUCAACAUUGUGGAGGUCAUGAGCUCCUCCAAAUUCACUUAUAAGCGAAUUGGCUACCUUGCUGCGUCCCAAUGCUUUCACGAGGGCACUGAUGUCAUCAUGCUGACGACCAAUCAGAUCCGCAAGGAUCUCAGCAGUCCAAACCAAUAUGACACCGGUGUGGCUCUGACUGGCCUCUCCUGCUUCGUGACCCCUGACCUCGCUCGUGACCUCGCCAAUGACAUCAUGACUUUGAUGUCGCACACCAAGCCGUACAUUCGCAAGAAGGCCGUGCUGAUCAUGUACAAAGUGUUUCUGAAGUACCCAGAAUCCCUGCGUCCUGCUUUUCCCCGACUCAAGGAGAAGCUGGAGGAUCCUGAUCCUGGUGUCCAGUCAGCGGCUGUGAACGUCAUCUGUGAACUGGCUAGAAGAAAUCCUAAGAACUACUUGUCGCUGGCGCCCCUGUUCUUCAAACUCAUGACCUCCUCCACCAACAACUGGGUUCUCAUCAAGAUCAUUAAGCUGUUUGGUGCUCUCACUCCUUUGGAGCCUCGUUUGGGAAAGAAGCUGAUUGAGCCCCUGACAAACCUCAUCCACAGUACCUCGGCCAUGUCGCUUCUCUAUGAGUGCGUCAACACAGUUAUAGCAGUGCUGAUCUCGCUGUCUUCUGGGAUGCCCAAUCACAGUGCAAGCAUACAGCUCUGUGUGCAGAAACUGCGAAUCCUGAUUGAAGACUCGGACCAGAACUUGAAGUACUUGGGUCUUCUGGCCAUGUCAAAGAUCCUAAAGACGCACCCGAAGUCUGUGCAGUCACACAAAGACCUGAUCCUGCAAUGUUUGGAUGACAAAGAUGAGUCCAUUCGCUUGAGAGCUCUGGAUCUGCUCUACGGCAUGGUCUCAAAGAAGAACUUGAUGGAGAUUGUGAAGAAGCUCAUGCUGCAUGUGGACAAAGCUGAAGGCACCACUUACAGAGAUGAGUUGCUCACCAAGAUCAUCGACAUCUGCAGCCAGAGCAACUACCAGUAUAUCACUAACUUCGAAUGGUACAUCAGUAUCCUAGUAGAACUGACUCGUCUCGAGGGCACCAGGCACGGCCAUCUAAUCGCUUCUCAGAUGCUGGAUGUUGCCAUUCGCGUCAAAGCCAUCCGAGCCUUCGCUGUGGCUCAGAUGGCCACUCUGCUGGACAACGCACACCUGCUGACUGGCAACACACAGCGCAACGGGAUCUGCGAGGUUCUCUACGCCGCCGCAUGGAUCUGUGGGGAGUUUGCAGAGCAUCUGGAGGACCCUAUGCUGACACUAGAGGCCAUGUUGAGACCCAAGGUGGCCACCCUGCCCGGUCACAUCCAGGCGGUGUAUGUGCAAAACGCUGCCAAGCUGUUUGCAACAGUGCUGCAGAAGCAUGAAGGGGAGACGGACAGUCAGGCCGCUCAGGAGACCAGCCAGCUGCUUAUCGACAGACUGCCGCUGUUUGUCCAGAGUGCCAACCUAGAAGUGCAAGAGAGGGCAUCCUGCAUCCUCCAGCUGGUGAAGUACAUCCAGAAGCUGCAGCAGAAGAAUGUGGAGGUGGCUGAGGAAGUGACGGCCCUCUUUGCUGGAGAGCUCAACCCUGUGGCCCCCAAGGCCCAGAAGAAAGUGCCUAUACCAGAAGGUCUGGAUUUGGAUGCCUGGAUCAAUGAGCCUCCAUCAGAGAGCGAAUCAGAGGACGAGAAGCCCAAAGCGGUGUUCGCUAAAGAGGAGCCCAAGCAUUCCAGAUCGAGACACACUGAGGUGGAUGAGAAAGAGCUGGCCAGGAGGAGGGAGGCAAGGAAGCAGGAACAGGCUAACAACCCGUUCUACAUCAAGGCCUCGCCAUCAUCACAGAAGGUUUAUGAUGCGCCAGGAGUUGAACACAUCCCAGUGGUGCAGAUUGACCUUAGUGUGCCUCUCAAAGUCCCAGGGAUGCCCAUGUCUGACCAGUACGUCAAGCUGGAGGAGGAGCGCCGGCAGAAGGAGAAGGCCGACAAGAAGAAGAAGGAGAAGAAGAAAAAGAGGGAAAAGCGAGGGAAAGGGAGGAAGGGGGAUUCAGGUCCCGAGAGCGAGGAGGACAUCACACCUGCUCACCAUGUGGACAUAGUCACAGAGGAAAUGCCAGAGAAUGCCUUACCAAGUGAUGAUGAUGAUAAAGAUCCCAAUGACCCUCAUAAAGCUCUGGACAUCGAUCUGGACAAGCCACUUGCAGACAGUGAGAAGCUUCCAGUGAGGACCCAUCGUCCAGAGGUGCUGAAGAGCCCUGCGGAGGACAGAGACGACAACACUAUCCCGCAGGAGACCAAGAAGAAGAGCAGCAAGGACAAGAAGGAGAAGAAGAAAGACAAGGAGAAGGACAGAAAGAGGAGCAAAGAGGACAAGAAGAAAAAGAAGAAGCACAAAGAUGUGGAGGAGGAGCUUCCCGAGUCCCUGCCUGAAGAAGUCGUCCAAUCAGAGGAGACCAAAGAGGUGGCAGUUCCGCCCACAUCUGCUGAUGCCUCGGAUCUGGAUUUCUGGCUCUCUAGCGCUCCUGUUCCCCCCGUGGCCCAGGUAGUGACGGUGUCCUCGUCUGCUGCUGCUGCUACUGUCGACUCGAGCUCUGCAGCUGCUGCAGAGUCUGAGCCUGAGGAGCUCAAAGACACUGAGCCAGAUGACACUAAAUCAUCUAAACACAAGAAGAAGAAGCAGAAGAAGGAAAAGGAGGAGAAGGAGAAGAAAAAGAAGAAGCGUCACCACCACCAUCAUCAUCAUCACAGUGACGCCGGUGCGGAGGAUUCAGUGCAGAAUGGCACCGUAGAGGACGAGGAGCCGCUGCCGCCCAUGUCCAACUACUCUCUGCUGGCUGAGAACUCCUACAUCAAGAUGGUCUGUGACAUUCAGGGCAACCAUCAGGACGAGAGUAAAGUGGUGGUGUCGGUCAUCUUCGAGAACAAGAGCGACAGCUUUCUUAAGUCCAUGGAGUUCAAUGUGCUGGAUUCGCUCAACUCCAAACUGCAGCGGCCGGACGGAGCAGGACCCCACGACGGCCUCACCGUCCCCUUCCAGUUGCCGCCAGGGGUGUCAAAUGAGGCCCGUUUCGUAUUCUCGGUACAGAGUAUCGUCAUGCCGCAGAAACUGAAGGGAACCCUCACGUUUAUAGUUAAGACGGAUGAAUCCUCCACUCACGAGAAACUGGACUUCAAACUGCACUUUACAUGCACGUCAUACCUGAUCACCACUCCCUGCUACAGUGAUGCAUAUGCAAAGCUGCUGGAGUCGGGCGACCUGAAGGGCAGCUCUCUGCGGCUCGAGGGGGUCAACAUGCCCUUCCACCACCUGCUGGCCAGGAUCUGCUUCCACCAUCACUUCUCUGUUGUGGAGAGGAUUGACUCCUGCGCCUCUAUGUACAGCAGGUCCAUCCAGGGUCACCACGUCUGUUUGCUGGUCAAAAGUUCUGAUCAGACCGUCUCCAUCGACGCCAAGUGCGACGAGCCAUCGCUGCUGGGGAAUGUGUUGGAUGAGAUCAAGCAGACCUUCUCGAAAUGCUGACUGUGACCCGCGGCCCACAGCACCCCGAAAC